CAGCAUGCGACAGAAACGGGUGAAAGGUUGUGUGUUUAUCCAGCGGUAAUACACGGCUGGGGUACGCGAAAUAGAGAUUUUCAUAAUCAAGGAACCAUGAAUGUAAAUAGAUUUACCGACUUAUCUAGAACUUUUCGAAUUGGAAAGCGUCUGCUUGACUGUCGUGUGAGGCAUGUCGGGAAAGAAGCGCUACAGCUUCAGCAGCGGAGGUCAAUUAAAACACAUUCAAGAAACCUCGCGUACGCUAAGGAUUUAUUCCUGGGUCAGGUGAACAAGGCUGAAGUCUUCCCUUAUCCAGAAAUUGGAAAUGAAGAGCUGGAGGAGCUCAAGCAGCUGGUUGCACCGGUGGAAAAAUUCUUCAAUGAGGAAGUUGACUCAGCAAAGAUUGACCAGGAAGCCAGAAUCCCCCCAGAGACUCUGAAGGGGUUGAAGGAGCUCGGUCUGUUUGGAAUCAUGGUUCCUGAGGAGUAUGGUGGUCUCGGAUUGUCCAACACCAUGUACGCGCGACUGGCUGAGAUCACCUCAUUAGACGCCUCUAUUGCUGUAACCCUGGCUGCACAUCAAGCCAUCGGGCUGAAGGGGAUUCUGAUCGCAGGGAACGAAGCCCAGAAGCAGAAGUAUCUGCCCAAACUGGCUUCAGGAGAACACGUCGCUGCUUUCUGUCUGACGGAGCCUGGAAGUGGAAGUGAUGCCGCCUCCAUUCAGACGCGUGCCACCCUGUCUGAAGACGGGAAACAUUACCUGAUCAAUGGCUCCAAGAUUUGGAUUUCAAACGGAGGCUUCGCAGACAUCAUGACGGUGUUCGCCAGGACUGAGGUGGAGGUGGACGGUGUGAAGAAGGACAAGAUUUCUGCCUUUAUUGUGGAGAGGGCGUUUGGGGGAAUCACCAGCGGCAAACCUGAAGACAAACUGGGCAUCAGGGGUUCAAACACUUGUGAGGUGUCAUUUGAUAACGUCCCAGUGCCGUUGGAGAAUGUUAUAGGAGAAGUAGGCGGUGGAUUCAAGAUUGCCAUGAACAUCCUGAACUCAGGGAGGUUCAGUAUGGGCAGUUCAUCCGCUGGAAUGAUUAAAAAACUCAUAGAACUGGCCGCUGAGUACGCUGCAGCCAGGAAGCAGUUUAACAAAAGCCUGACUGAAUUUGGUAUGAUCCAGGAGAAGUUUGCGCUGAUGGCCGUUAAUUCCUUUGUGAUGGAGAGCAUGGCGUACCUGACCGCAGGGAUGAUGGACCGACCCGGGCUACCGGACUGCUCUCUGGAGGCAGCCAUGGUCAAGGUGUUCAGCUCGGAGGGAGGCUGGAUUUGUGUCAGCGAGGCUCUUCAGGUCCUCGGGGGUCUGGGUUAUACGAAGAACUACCCCUUCGAGCGCUACGUCAGGGACUGUCGCAUCCUGCCCAUCUUUGAGGGAACCAAUGAAAUCCUGAGGAUGUACGUGGCCCUCACUGGGAUGCAGUACGCUGGCAAAGUCCUCACUGGGAAAAUAAAAGAGAUGAAGAAAGGGAACAUAGGCCUUGCUCUGGGGAUGGUCGGCCAGAAGCUGUGGACCUCGUUCGGAGGUUCAGUGGAUCUGGGCCUGACUGGAAAAGACGGCGUUGUGCAUCCAAGCUUGGAAGACAGUGCAAAGAAGUUUGAGCAGAACGUCAACUUGUUCGGGGCGACGGUGGAGAGCCUGCUCUACAGAUACGGAAAGACCAUAGUGGAUGAACAGCUCGUCCUGAAGAGAGUAGCAGAUGUGCUGAUCAACCUCUACGCCAUGACAGCCGUCCUGUCCAGAGCCAGCCGCUCCAUCAGCAUCGGCCUCAAAAAUCACGACCAUGAGGUGCUGCUCGCAAGCACAUUCUGCAGCGAGGCUUUCUUCAAGAACAAUUACUGGAUGACUCAGUUGCAAAAACACUCUCCUGAGAACGACGAUGCCAACAUUAAGAAGAUCGCCAAGCAGGUCCUGGACAACAGAGCCUACGUCUGCUCUCACCCUCUUGAAAGAACAUACUGAUGUCUCCUCUGGGACUGUAGCGUUUAGUCUCCCGGUCUUGUACUUAUUUGUACAUUAAAUUAAUACAUUAAGCGGUUUAUUUUAUUAACCACGGCUUCACGGUAACACCUGAGAUUAAUGGAUACCAGGCCUCAUGAAGCUGCAUCCCCAGUGCUCUUUAACCUUAGUGCUACAAUGAACUACUGCACUCGCAUCAGUUUUAAUGAGCUUAUCUGGUUAUGUAGGUUCCUGGUUCUGCGGUGCUCCGAUAAGGCUGUGUAGUAUGUGUCUUCGUGUUGGACGCGUUCUUCUGUAAAGCAAAGAUUUUCCUCUCGUCGUCUGUCAGAGGCGGCGCGUUGUUCUUGUACAGGAACGAAUGCGGCCUGCUAAAUCUGCUGCAGGAAGGAAGCACACAGACCUACUAAUUAUGUUCUCCGGUGUCUACCGUUUGAUGACUUUUUCAAAAUAAAUGCGGUUGAACUUGAA